AUGUCCAAGACACCACUUUACACCCCCUGUCUCAUUUCCCUGGUCCUCACCACCCUCUUCUUAACCACCAUCACCAUUCUCCUCCUUACACCACCCACUUUUCUCCCACGUAUCAUCCCUCCUAUCUGUCCUUCACAGUCUCAAAGCCUAUCACCAGACCAGACGCACGGUCGAGUCUUCAACGAGCGUCCCGAACUCGAACGCACAGUCAACGACUCGGACGAGGUCCGGACAUGGGAAUCCAUCCUCCUGCCGCCAGGUGGCGGAGGCAUUCGCUCUCACACAAUCCCCGAUAGUAUUCAUCUCACUGCUGAUGAAAAGAAAGAGGAGAAAGUCCUCAGCUGGGGGAUCUCAAUGUUCCAUCAAUUGCACUGUCUGAUCGUGCUGCGGGCGAUUGUCUUCCCCGAGACAACGGAGAACACAAUCAACUCAACAAGUCAGGCACAUUCAGGCGAUAUGUUGCAUGACAAGGUGCAUUGGGCACAUUGCUUUGACUAUAUUGCUCAGGGCAUCCUCUGUGCUGCGGAUGACACGAUCGAACGGCCCCGGAAAACCCAGGUCCGACAUGGCAAGACUAUUUUCGACGUCGAUGGGGUGGGCGCGGUGCAUCAGUGUCGAGAUGCGAAGGUUCUGUGGCAGGCGUCGGUGAAAUCGUUGGAGGAACCGGUGGAUAUGGAGAAUUGGAGGGAGGGAGUGGGUGUGAGGGCGUUCUUGGGCGAAAGGAAAAUGGGACAAGAUGAGGAAGUGCCGGAGUUGUAUACUUUGGGAAUGGAGUAG